CCCCAGAUCCCUCAGAUCAGCUACGCGUCCACAGCUCCUGACCUGAGUGACAACAGCCGUUAUGACUUCUUCUCACGGGUGGUGCCCUCGGACACAUACCAGGCUCAGGCCAUGGUGGACAUCGUCCGUGCUCUCAAGUGGAACUAUGUGUCCACACUGGCCUCAGAGGGCAGCUAUGGCGAAAGCGGGGUGGAGGCCUUCAUCCAGAAGUCCCGUGAGGAUGGAGGAGUAUGUAUAGCUCAGUCAGUGAAGAUUCCUAGGGAGCCAAAGCCUGGGGAAUUUGACAAAAUCAUCCGUCGCCUGCUAGAGACCUCCAAUGCCAGGGCAGUCAUCAUCUUUGCCAAUGAGGAUGACAUCAGGCGAGUGUUGGAGGCAGCCAGGAAGGCCAAUCAGACAGGCCACUUCAUCUGGAUGGGCUCAGACAGCUGGGGCUCCAAGAUCUCACCAGUGCUGCAUUUGGAAGAGGUGGCCGAAGGCGCUGUCACCAUCCUCCCCAAGAGGAUGUCUGUGAGAGGUUUCGACCGUUACUUCUCCAGCCGGACCCUGGACAACAAUCGGCGAAAUAUCUGGUUUGCUGAGUUCUGGGAGGACAACUUCCACUGUAAAUUGAGCCGGCAUGCCCUGAAGAAGGGCAGUCACAUCAAAAAAUGCACUAAUCGAGAGCGCAUCGGGCAGGACUCAUCCUAUGAACAGGAAGGGAAGGUGCAGUUUGUGAUCGAUGCCGUCUACGCCAUGGGCCACGCUCUGCAUGCCAUGCACCGGGACCUGUGUCCUGGCAGGGUGGGGCUCUGCCCCCGAAUGGAUCCUGUGGACGGAGUGGAGCUGCUUAAGUACAUUCGCAACGUCAAUUUCUCAGGCAUUGCUGGGACUCCCGUCACUUUCAAUGAAAAUGGAGAUGCUCCUGGGCGCUAUGACAUCUACCAGUAUCAGAUCCGGAAUGCAACCCCUGAAUAUAGAGUCAUUGGUUCCUGGACAGAUCACCUGCACCUCAAAAUGGAGCGCAUUCAUUGGCCAGGAGGGAGGCAGCAGCUCCCCAGCUCUAUCUGCAGCCUGCCCUGCCAGCCAGGUGAACGGAAGAAGACUGUGAAGGGUAUCCCCUGCUGUUGGCACUGUGAGCCAUGCACAGGCUACCAGUAUCAGCAAGACCGCUACACCUGCAAGACCUGCCCCUAUGACAUGCGCCCCACAGAGAAUCGCACAGCAUGUCAGCCCAUUCCCAUCAUCAAGCUGGAGUGGGGCUCCCCUUGGGCCGUGCUUCCUCUCUUCUUGGCGGUGGUGGGCAUCGCAGCCACUCUCUUUGUGGUGGUGACCUUUGUGCGCUACAAUGACACACCCAUUGUCAAGGCGUCGGGCCGUGAGCUGAGCUAUGUACUACUGGCGGGCAUCUUUCUUUGCUAUGCUACUACCUUCCUCAUGAUCGCCGAGCCAGACCUGGGCACCUGCUCGUUGCGCCGGGUCUUUCUGGGCUUGGGUAUGAGCAUCAGCUAUGCAGCACUGCUCACCAAGACCAACCGCAUCUACCGCAUCUUUGAGCAGGGCAAGCGGUCAGUGAGUGCUCCGCGGUUCAUCAGCCCUGCCUCCCAGCUGGCCAUCACCUUCAGUCUCAUUUCUCUACAGCUGCUUGGCAUCUGUGUCUGGUUCGUGGUGGACCCCUCCCACUCCGUGGUUGACUUUCAGGACCAGCGGACGCUGGACCCUCGAUUCGCCCGGGGGGUCCUCAAGUGUGACAUCUCGGACCUGUCGCUCAUCUGCCUGCUAGGAUAUAGUAUGCUGCUCAUGGUUACCUGCACUGUCUAUGCCAUCAAGACACGGGGUGUGCCGGAAACCUUCAACGAGGCCAAGCCAAUCGGCUUCACCAUGUAUACCACCUGCAUUGUCUGGCUUGCCUUCAUCCCCAUCUUCUUUGGGACGUCUCAGUCAGCUGACAAGCUGUACAUCCAGACAACAACGCUGACCGUCUCAGUGAGCCUGAGCGCCUCCGUAUCCCUGGGGAUGUUGUACAUGCCCAAGGUCUAUAUUAUCCUCUUCCACCCUGAGCAGAACGUACCCAAGCGCAAACGAAGCCUCAAGGCCGUAGUCACAGCUGCCACCAUGUCCAACAAGUUCACGCAGAAGGGGAGCUUCCGACCCAAUGGGGAGGCCAGGUCCGAGCUCUGUGACAACCUGGAGUCCCAAGCUCUGGCGACCAAACAGACCUAUGUCACCUAUACCAACCAUGCAAUUUAGUUGGAGCUCCUUGCAGCUGCCCGGUUCGAGGAAAAGGAGGAGGAAGAAGAGGAGGAGAGAAUGGAAACUUUGUAGAGUCUCCUGUCCAGACAGGGCUGCGAUCUCUUGCGACCUCCAGGCACCCCAGGAGUUGCCCUGAUUGCCUUGGGAGCUUGGGGAGGAGGCUUGGUGCUCACAAAGCAAGAACCCCAGUGCCUGGGGGAGGGGGGGCGGCAGCAGUGCAGGCCCUAAGCCAGGCCAAGGGAGCAGGAGAAGGGGGGUCUGGGGAAGCUGCUCUGCUCCCCUGGAUCCAGGGUCUUUGACCAACUGUCCUUUCCUGCCCCAAACCAUAGGAGGUUAUACUCACUUGUGUCAAACCUAUUGGCUUCUCUUGUUCUCCUUCUGUUUCUCUCUCUCUCUCUCUCUCUCUCUCUCUCUCUCUCUCUCUCUCUCUCUCUCUCUCUCUCUCUCUCUCUCUCUCUCUC